UAACCCUGUCCCUGUCCGCAGCCUGGGUUCUACCCUAACCCUGUCCCUGUCCUCAGCCUGGGUUCUUCCCUAACCUUGUCCCUGUCCUCAGCCUGGGUUCUUCCCUAACCCUGUCCCUGUCCGCAGCCUGGGUUUUUCCCUAACCCUGUCCCUGUCCGUGCACCAGCCUGCGGGGACCAUGGAGCUGCUGUGGGUGCUGUGUGUGUCCAUGCUGAUGCCUCCAGCGGUGGUGGUGGAGGCCAUCCCCAUGGAGUCUGCAGCCGGGAGCCACAGCAUGUUCACCUGUGAACCCAUCACCCUGCGUCUGUGUCAGGGGCUGCCCUAUAACUCCACCUUCAUGCCCAACCACCUCAACCACUACGACCAGCAGACCACCGCGCUCGCCAUGGAGCCCUUCCACCCCAUUGUGAACCUGCAGUGUUCCUCAGAGCUGAGGAUGUUCCUGUGUGCCCUCUAUGCUCCGGUGUGUACUGAGUACGGACGCAUGACACUGCCCUGCCGACGGCCGUGCCAGAGAGCCAAGGGAGACUGCUACAAACUCAUGGACAUGUUCGGAGUCACCUGGCCAGAAGAGAUGGACUGUAACAGGUUCCCAGACUGUGACGAGCCAUACCCCCGUCCUGGAGACCUGCUCUCCAACGCAGACUCCACUGAGUCGCCCAUCUCCGUCCAGCACGACUAUGGCUUCUGGUGCCCCCGUGAGCUCAAGAUCGACCCCAACCUGGGCUACUCCUUCCUGGGUGUGACGGACUGCUCGCCCCCCUGCCCCAACAUGUAUUUCCAGCGGGACGAGCUGGUGUUUGCCCGCUACUUCAUCGGCGUGGUGUCCAUUGUCUGUCUCUCGGCAACCCUCUUCACCUUCCUCACCUUCCUCAUCGAUGUGUCCAGGUUCCGCUACCCGGAGCGCCCAAUCAUCUUCUACGCCAUGUGCUACAUGAUGGUGUCGCUGGUGUUCUUGCUGGGCUUCCUGCUGGAGGACCGGGUGGCGUGCCACGCGGCGAGCUCCGCCCUUUUCCGGGCGUCCACCGUCACCCAGGGCUCACACAACAAGGUGUGCACGUUGUUCUUUAUGAUACUGUACUUCUUCACUAUGGCCGGCAGUGUGUGGUGGGUCAUCCUCACCCUCACCUGGUUCCUGGCUGCCGUGCCUAAGUGGGGCAGUGAGGCCAUAGAGAAGAAGGCCCUGAUCUUCCAUGCCUGUGCCUGGGGCCUACCCGGUUGUCUCACCGUCACUUUAACAGCUAUGAACAAGAUAGAAGGGGAUAGUGUCAGCGGGGUGUGUUUCGUGGGGCUGUAUGACCGCACAGCGCUGAGAUGGUUUCUGCUGGCUCCACUGGGUCUGGAUGUUUUGGUGGGCGUGGCAUUACUGUUAGCGGGAAUCCUUGCUUUGAACCGCGUGCGUAUGGAGAUCCCUCUGGAGAAGGAGAACCAGGACAAGCUGGUGAAGUUUAUGAUCCGUAUCGGGGUGUUCUCUGUGCUCUACCUGGUCCCUCUGUUGACGGUCAUAACCUGCUACCUUUAUGAGAACAGCUAUAGGACUGUCUGGGAGACUACCUGGGUACAGGAGCGCUGCAGAGAGUACCACAUCCCCUGUCCAUACCAGAUUGAGCAGACCAACAGACCAAACCUGUCUCUGUUCCUCAUUAAGUACUUGAUGAUGUUGGUAGUCGGGAUCCCUUCAGUGUUCUGGGUGGGCAGCAAGAAGACCUGCUUCGAAUGGGCCAGCUUCUUACACGGACAGACACGCAAAGAUAGUGUGGUGAACGAGAGUAGACAGGUGCUCCAGGAGCCAGAUUUUGCCCAGCUGCUCCUGCAGGAUCGCAACACCCCCAUGGUGAGGAAGUCCAGAGGGACGUCCACACAGGGCACCUCCACCCACGCGUCUUCCACCUACCUGGCCAUGCUGGACGAGCCCCCCAUCGAGAGCACCAGCCGGGCAAGCAGUGUCCGCAGCAAGAUGAGCAGCCUUUAUAGAUCCAGAGACGGCAGGUACAGGGCGUGUAGUUUCCGCGGAGCCGAGGAUCACCUCCCCUACGACAGCAUGCUCCACCUCAACGACCAAUCAGGGUCCAGACACUGCAGCACCAACCGUCAGGACAGCAUAUCAAGGCACGGCUCCACCCAGCGCCUGGAGAGCAAAUCGCAGCACAGCAGCAUCAAGGACCUUAACAACAUCACCCAGGCCAUUCAGAGCGCCCCCGGCAACCGAAUCCACAGAGUCCUAAAGGAGAAUGGAGCCACUGCCUGAACUACCCCCUAAACACGACCCUGUAGCUAAAACCCAUGUCAUCCUUUAAAAUACACAAGUGUCUAGGCCUAGAGGUGGAUGUUGAUUUGGGACUGGGCAUACUAGAUCUUUGUGUGACAGUUUGAGAGUAAGGAGACUGUGGAAACAGGACAUACUGCAUGGUUGUUUGAUAAUCAUACCUCAACAUGUCCCCUCACUCAGCCUCACUAAACAGCACUGAUAAAAGAAGAUAGCGGACAGUGUAACAUGGACCUGCACCAAUAACACAACAUUCUUGAAUACAGAGUAGUCUCUCCAAUGCUGUUUGUUCUCUGUUCUGGAAUCAGCUCUAGGUAAAAGACGGAGCGCAGGGAUCAGUUUCACGUGGAAGAUAUUUUUAAGAGCUUAUCUAUCGGCACGUUCCACUACUCAGGGAGGGAUGAAUCUAAGGAUUUUAGAAUCUAGAUCGCUCCAUUAUCGGUCGCCAAAGCACUCUUUAAAAGCCAAGACUUUAUUCUUAUAGACCACGUUGUUUACCUGUAUGAGAACUAUUGUAGACUGAUCUCAAAAACCACGGUUCUACUUUGACACGUCUAUUGUUUUCAUUGCACUUCUGUUAGAGGUACUGUAAGUGAGGAGUAGGGCCAGGAGUCUGUCCUAUUGAUGAAUGAGCAGUUGUGAAGUGAGAGGCUGUAUUGUAUAACAGCGGACUUACAAACUCCAGUCUCAUAGGAAGAAUAUGGGUUCUUUUCCCUCAGAAUUAGAAUCAGUUGUAUUGUUCCUCCCCAAUAUGAAUUGUAUAGAUGCAUGUAAACCAGAACUUCUUCUAGUAAUGGCAAUGUGAAUAGAUGUACAUUUGUUUUAAUAAACUCUUCUCAUGGGAAA